UAAAAAGUUAGAAUUAAGGUUCUGAAAGAUCUGAGAAUUAAGGAAAGGAAGAGAAAGGAAGAUGGACAGGGGCGAUUUAUGGAAGGAGAUAUUACUCUUCGCAGCCAUGGUUAGUUUAGAGUCCGCCAAUGUUGGCGUCAACGUAAUCUACAAAGCAGCUACUUUGAAAGGGAUGAGCUAUUAUGUCUUCAUCUUCUACUCUUAUGCUAUUGGCACGCUCGUUCUCCUCCCGGUUGCCCUCUUCUUUCGUAGAACUUCAAGGCUGCUUCCAUUAAUCAAGUUUCCUCUUAUUUCUAGAAUCUGCUUCCUCGGCCUUAUUGGGUGCUUAGCUCGGAUAUUUAGCUAUAAGGAAAUAGCUUACAGCUCUCCGACUCUUGCUUCAGCCAUGAGCAACCUCACUCCUGCUUUUACCUUCAUUCUUGCAGUCAUUUUCAGUAUCAAUAUCAGGUGGUGGUUCUUUAUAAAGGCCCAACAAUAUUGUCCUCAUCUUAAACACAAUCACUGUCACUUCAACGGCCUCUUGCCUCCUCACAGUCAAAUUGGGUCCUCGGCGCCUUUUUGCUUGCCGCUGAAUACAUACUCUUUUCAUUCUUUUACAUUAUCCAGACGGAUGUGCUUAAGAUGUACCUAUCAAAUUUAGAAGUAGUGUUCUUCUGCAACUUGAGUGCAACCAUCAUAGCCGUGCCCACAUGUUUCAUGGGUGUUGUGUGUGAUUUUUCGAUCAAGCUCUGAGAAUUACGA